AUGACUUUUGGUUUGGUUUACACUGUGUAUGUCACUGCAGUAGACCCAAAGAAGGGUAACCUUGGGAUAAUUGCUCCAAUUGCAAUUGGUUUCACUGUGGAUGCUAACAUUUUGGCAGCCCGUGCCUUUGAUGGAGCAUCCAGGAACCCAGCAGUGUCUUUUGGACCCGCUGUAGUUAGCUGGACUUGGGAUAAUCAUUGGGUAUACUGGGUCGGCCAAUCAAUUGGUUCUGCUGUUGUUCACGAGAUUUUCUUCAUCACCCCAAAAACUUAUGAACAGCUCCCCUCUACAGAAUAG